AUGGCUCAAAAUGUCGCCCUCGAGACUUCCAUGGGCCAGAUUGUCGUGGAGCUCUACACCACUCACGCGCCCAAAACCUGCCAGAACUUCGCGACGCUCGCGGGUAGAAACUACUACAACGAUACGGUCUUCCACCGGGUCAUACCGGAUUUCAUGAUCCAAGGUCAGUCAGUCAGUCAGUCCGUUGCCCUCUCACAUCCGCACAUUGCAGCCGAUUGACACGCACCGAAAAACAAAAACAGGCGGCGAUCCCACCGGCACCGGACGAGGCGGGUCAUCGAUCUACGGCGAGAAAUUCGAAGACGAGAUUCGCGGGGAUCUCAAGCAUACGGGCGCCGGGGUGCUGAGUAUGGCCAACAGCGGGCCCGACACGAAUGGGUCGCAGUUCUUCAUUACGCUUGCGCCGACGCCGUGGUUGGAUGGGAAGCAUACGAUCUUUGGGCGUGUGAAGAGUGGGAUGCGCGUUGUGCAGAGGAUGGGGUUGGUGAAGACGAAUGGGGAGGACAGGCCGGAGGGAGAAGUCAAGAUUGUCAGUGCGCGGGUGCUGCAGGGCGAAGACGACGUUUAA